CUACUUCUGUCAAAAACUAAGUUAGAAAAUGUCCAUUUCUUCUUAACAAGACAAAAAAUGCUUCCACAUAAACUCAUUAGUAUUAUCACUUUUUUCUUCUUCUUCACCCCCUCUCUCUUCAUUCCCCCUUGUUCUUCAUCAUCCUCUUUUUUAUCACCAAUUACAAAAGACCAUGAAACUAAUCUCUACACUCUUACUCUUUACCUCAAAACCCCUCCACAGCUCACCCCCCUCCUCCUCGACUUGAGCGCUUCUUUCAGUUGGAUGGACUGCUCCAUACCUUCCAGCACCCACCGAUCAUUAUCAUGUAACUCCCCGUUAUGUUCAGCACUUGGUUCGCGAGCAUGUGCUAAGUGUUUUAACUCUCAUAGUCCGGAUGAUUGUUCUAGUAACCCUUGCAUACUCACUCCUUCGAACUCUGUUACCCAUAAGUCGUCUACUGGGAAAGCUAUUGUUGAGGCUCUCGCUUUGGCAGUUACUGAUGGGAGGAAUCCAGGUCAAGUUAAAGGGUUCUCUGAGUUUUUGUUGUCAUGUUCGAAGAAAUGUUUGCUUAAAGGUCUUAUGAAAGGCGUUGCCGGUUUGGCCGGUUUAGGCCGCUCCAAUUUCUCCCUCUCUACGCAGAUUAGCACUUCCUUUGUGUCUACACGCACUUUUGCGCUAUGUGUAUCCGAUUCACCGUCAGCUCCUGGUGUGGCUUUUUUCGGUUCGGCUGGACCUUAUUACUUUUUACCCCAAAUUGACCUCUCUAAAACCCUCAAUUACACCCCACUUAUCCUGAACCCGGGUCAACCCGACUAUUUCAUAAAUUUGACUUCCAUAAAAGUCAACGGAGUUUCCAUACAACUAAACCAAACAAUCCUAGCCGUUGAUCAACAUGGAUUUGGUGGGACCACCAAGUUGAGCACCGUAACACCAUACACCACAUUACACAGUAACAUUUACAAAGCAUUUACUGAGACAUUUGUUAAUGAAUCUACAAAGCUCAACCUCACAUUAACAAAUGCCAUGGAACCUUUUAAUGUUUGUUAUAAUGCAGAUGAGGUGUUGGAUACUACGGUAGGACCGAUGGUUCCCACCGUUGAUCUUGUGAUGAACAGUGAUGAUGUGUUUUGGAGGAUAUUCGGAUCAAAUUCUAUGGUUAGGAUUGCAAGAGAUGGUGUUGAUGUAUGGUGUUUAGGGUUUUUGGAUGGUGAGAUUAAGAAUAUGACAGCGAUGAUCAUAAUUGGAGGACAUCAAAUGGAGAACAAUUUAUUGCAGUUUGAUUUGGAACAACAAAGAUUAGGGUUUAGUUCUUCUGUUUUGGCAUAUAAGACAUCAUGCUCCAAUUUCAACUUUACCACUUCUAGUAACUUGAGUUGAAGCUCCAAUUCUUGCCAUCACGCUCUGGCUUUAGCAUGUGCCCAGUAUAUGUAAGUAAAAACUAGAAAAAAAGUGCUUGAGUUUCAAUUAGAUUAACCUAGUAAGAUAAUUUACAUUGUGAUGAUUUUUUUUCUUCCUAGUUUCUUUGUACUUAAUGAAUCAUGUUGGGGUCUUGUGGAUUUGC